AUGCCAGGCGGACGCACUGCUCACUCCCGAUUCAAAAUUCCUAUAAUGCUUGAUGAGUACUCCUCUUGUGCGAUAGCUCAUGAUUCUGAUAUAGCUGAGCUAAUUAGAAAUACAAGUCUAAUCAUAUGGGAUGAAGCACCUAUGCAACAUAGGUACGCAUUUGAAUGCCUCGACCGUUCUUUACGAGAUAUAAUGAAAUCUGUUGAUCCAAACAGAUAUCAAAUGCCAUUCGGAGGGAUUACAGUUCUCUUAGGCGGAGAUUUUCGUCAGAUCCUCCCAGUUAUAAAUUAUGCCUCUCGUGGUGACAUUGUUUCGGCGUGCAUCACAAAUUCAUUGUUGUGGUAUAAUGCCAAAAUUUAUAUUCUUCAUCGUAAUAUGAGGCUCAAUCAAGGCAACACUGCAGAGGAGGUUGAAGAAUUGCGGACUUUUGCUGAAUGGGUGUUGAAAAUAGGUAAUGGUACUCUGAAACCUCCUCAACAAUCUCACAUAACCUAUGAAGAAGAUGACAUUCUUCUGCCUAUCAAUUUCUGUGAUCCUGAUGUACAGAAUUCUGUUGAGAACAUGAUACAGUGGACUUAUCCAGAAUUGCUGUCAAAUUACAUGUCAGCUAGCUAUAUAAGUGAAAGAGCUAUACUCACUCCUACAAACCAGGUAGUUGGUCAUUUGAAUUCUCAAAUUGUUGAAAACCUGCCUGGUGAACAAAAUACCUAUUUUAGUGUAGAUCGAGCUGAAGAUUUCGGUGGCACUGCAUCUGAUUUGGGGUUUGCUUUUCCACCUGAGUACUUGAACGCUUUCAACAUCUCUGGACUUCCUGCUCACGAUUUGAAACUCAAAGUUGGUGCUGCUGUCAUGCUAAUGCGCAAUCUCAAUCAAACUCUUGGCCUGUGUAAUGGUACCAGAAUGAUAGUGACAAAGUGUUUAAGAAAUUGUGUUGAAUGCGAGGUCAUUUGUGGAGCUUUCGUUGGUUCAAGACAUUUCAUUCCUAGAAUGGAGUUAUGCCCGACUGAUACCAAACUGCCUUUCAAGCUCAUCAGGAAACAAAUGCCACUUCAGAUAUGCUAUUCCAUGACCAUCAACAAGUCACAAGGCCAGUCGCUUGCUAAAGUCGGAUUAUAUUUGCCAAACCCUGUAUUUACUCAUGGCCAAUACUAUGUUGCUGUCAGUAGAGUUACUUCUCCUGGUGGACUUAAAGUCUUCAUAAACUCUAGCAAUGGCUCACCAACAAAUGUAACUAAAAAUGUUGUCUACAAGGAGAUUUUUUAUAAUUUGCCAUCUGCAUAA